GAUUAGGUUGCAUUCUUGUCCAGGCUCACUUUGAAACCAAAUAAAUACCCCACGGACAAUUUCUGGAGGCAUCAAUUGUGGAUAAUUACUUGGUGGAAUAACACUAAAAUGAAUCGUGCAAUUAUUUUGUCUGUGAUUUUCGCAGUCGCUGCUGGCACCAACUUUCUUCCACGGCCCAGGCUCGAUGGGAGAGUCGUAGGUGGUUUCCAGGUGGACGUUCGCCAUGUACCUCAUCAGGUUUCUCUUCAAUCUACCUCCCAUUUCUGCGGUGGAUCCCUGCUCAGUCACAAUUUUGUCUUAACUGCAGCUCACUGCACUGAUGGAACACCUGCAUCUAGUCUUAAAGUUCGUGUGGGAUCUAGUCAGCAUGCUUCCGGUGGUGAAUUCUUUAAAGUGAAAGCCGUUCAUCAGCAUCCCAAAUUCAACUUCAACACUAUUAAUUACGAUUUCUCCCUGCUGGAACUUGAGAAGCCUGUUGAAUUUAAUGGUGAACGUUUCCCUGUUCGCCUGCCGGAGCAGGAUGAGGAAGUCAAGGAUGGUGCCUUGUUAUUGGUAUCUGGAUGGGGAAACACCCAAAGCAGUCAAGAGAGCAGGGAUAAUCUGAGGGCUGCUGUUGUGCCAAAGUACAACGAUGAGGCCUGCAACAAGGCUUAUGCCCAAUACGGUGGUAUUACCAACACAAUGCUCUGUGCUGGAUUUGACCAGGGAGGAAAGGACGCUUGCCAAGGAGAUUCCGGUGGUCCAUUGACCCAUAAUGGUGUUCUUGUGGGUGUUGUCUCAUGGGGCUAUGGCUGUGCCGUUCCUGGUUACCCUGGAGUCUAUUCCCGUGUUGCUUCAGUACGCGAUUGGGUAAAGAGUGUUACUGGUUUCUAAUUGAUUACAGGUCACGAGUUAAAGCAAAGAAUAAAAAUAAAAAAAUCUAAGCAUUAAAA